UUGGAAUCAUUAACUACGACUGACGCUCCGAAAUUCCCAAACUCCGCCUUCCCCUCCCUUUCCAAAGUACCCCCCAAGCGCUCAAGGAGAAACAAAAAGAGGGAAGAAAGGGAGCGGAAAAAGUUCCAACUUUUUUUCCUCCAUUAAUGGCGUCCACGGCGACCUUCCUCGCUAAAACCCCAAUACGAACCACCCCAUUCCCCAAAACCCUCAAAUCCGAUCCCUCCCCUGGCUCAAGACUUUCUUUCUCCCUCGUCGCCGGCGCUCGGCGGCCGGCGAGGGCCAUCCGGAGCUGCCGAAUUGCGUGCGCCCUCAUCGAGCCCGAUGGGGGGCAGCUGGUGGACCUGGUGGUGCCGGCGGGUCCGGCGAGGGAGGGCCGGCGGCGGGAAGCGGCCGCUCUCCCCAAGGUCAGGCUCUCGCGGGUCGAUCUCGAGUGGGUUCAUGUGCUCAGCGAGGGGUGGGCGAGCCCCCUCCGAGGGUUCAUGAGGGAAUCUGAGUUCCUCCAAGCACUUCAUUUCAACUCGCUCCGCCUCCCUGAUGGAUCGGUUGUCAACAUGUCGAUCCCCAUCGUGCUUGCGAUCGACGACACCCAGAAGAAGGCCAUCGGGAACCAGCGCAAGGUUGCUCUCGUCGAUGCCAACAACAAGCUGGUCGCCAUCUUAAGCGACAUUGAGAUCUACAAGCAUAACAAAGAAGAACGAAUUGCCAGAACUUGGGGAACAACAGCUAAAGGCUUGCCAUAUGUUAAGGAAGCUAUACAAAAUGCUGGAAACUGGCUAAUCGGAGGAGAUUUGGAAGUUAUAGAGCCAAUCAAGUACAAUGAUGGACUUGAUCAGUAUCGGCUGUCACCUGUUGAACUUCGUGAAGAAUUUUUGAGACGCAAUGCUGAUGCAGUAUUUGCUUUCCAGCUUCGUAAUCCUGUACACAAUGGGCAUGCUUUGCUCAUGACAGACACACGUAGACGUCUUCUAGAAAUGGGCUACAGAAACCCAAUUCUGUUGCUUCAUCCUCUGGGGGGUUUCACCAAAGCAGAUGAUGUACCACUUAGCUGGAGAAUGAAGCAACAUGAAAAGGUUCUUGAGGAGGGUGUUCUUGACCCAGAGACAACAGUAGUUGCAAUCUUCCCCUCUCCUAUGCAUUAUGCUGGUCCAACUGAGGUGCAGUGGCAUGCAAAGUCUCGGAUAAAUGCCGGCGCAAACUUCUACAUUGUGGGCAGAGACCCAGCUGGUAUGAAGCACCCAAAAGAAGACAGGGACCUCUACGAUGCUGAUCAUGGAAAGAAAGUUCUGAGUAUGGCUCCAGGACUUGAGAAGCUUAACAUUCUACCAUUCAAGGUUGCUGCGUACGACGUGAAGAAGCAGAAAAUGGAUUUCUUUGAUCCAUCCAGGCCUCAAGAUUUUCUAUUCAUUUCUGGGACAAAGAUGCGAGAUCUUGCACAGAACAGAAAGGAUCCACCAGAUGGCUUCAUGUGUCCCGGUGGAUGGAAAGUACUGGUUGAAUACUAUGAAACACUGCUGGAAACUGUAACAAAUGGAAGUGUAACACACUUUCCUGGAGUGCAGAAACAAGGUUCCUCUAAACAACGGUGAACUCCAUGAGAUCUUGAACCGUAACUUUAGUCUGUGUGCAGCAAACCCUAUGUGUGCUGCAAACAGUACAUUCAAUCCAUGUGCAACGAACUCCACAUACAUUGCUUAUAUAUUAAGUUGGAUUGGUCAGAUUCUGUAUAAAGUAUAAAGAUAAAGUCAUUUGGGAAAUUUGUGAGAGGUAUAUUCUUUUAAUUGCUUGCCUCUAA